AUGUCCAGCCGCAAACAAUCAAUAAAGGUCCUCAAGAAGAAUGACGGCGAGCCUCUUACUCGCGCUGACAUUCAGUACUCUCUUCUCAGCAACAUCUUCAAUGAUAGUCUGGAGGUCUUCACUGAUCCCAACACCGCCUUGGACGGUAGACCGCCUAGAACAAAGGUUACAUUUCGAGACUUGUAUGUCAAUGCUAUAGCACAUUCUCCAAAGACCCCGAAAGCACUGAAAGACAAAAUGGUCGCGGAACCCACUUUCGCCACCGACUAUGCGAUGAUUUGUUUGCUGGCAAAUGUCGGUCGGAUCAACACAACCAUGAGCUUUUUUCCGGAAAUGAAGACCGCAAUUCGCACCUAUCAUCCCGUUCCCGCUCUCCAAAGAACAAAUGGUGGCAGUCUUCAGGAUGCACCCAGGCACAAAGCCAUUCUCAAGGCAAGUCUGUUAGAAGGAGAAGUCAACACAGUACCAACAACACCGACAGAGAUAUUGAGUAGAGCGAGCACCGGUACUAUUCCUCCCACCAACAUUGCCAACCUCAUUUUCGUCCUUGCGAACCAUUCCGUGUCAAUCGGCGCCAACCACUUUUCCAGCGAGCUUGAAUUUCUGGACCUCUUCACACCUGUGGAAUUCUCCGGCCGCUCCAGGGCACGCGCUUUCCUGUGGAUCUGUUAUCAUUAUUAUGAAGCACCUUCAAGCGAAAAUGAAGAUGAUUACGACAACAACAGCUCGUUGGAAAACCCAUAUUGCGAACCACAUCGACCUGGAAAAUAUCCUCCGUUACAGAUGCUAACGACCGAGCAAGCCGAGGCUGAGAACUUAGAUCCCGAAGACGAGAAACAAUUAGCAGAGAAAUUGAUUGCUCAGCGCACGCUGAUUCAAAAGUCGCAAGGACCAAAGGAAAUCACCAAGACUCCAGGGAAAAGCAACGCAACAGUUGACGAGGAUAUUGAAAGCGUUGUCAGCGUCGAUUCUGCACAACCGAAUCUGUCAAGAUCGAAGACUAAAGAGAAGAAGACAAAAUCAAGCAAGGAGAAGAAAGGACUAUCUGAUGUGGAGCUUUAUGCUAGUCGUCGAUAUGGGGGCGAUGAGCCCUUUGGUCCUAUGGGCCCUUAUGACCCGGCACGAAAUACUUACCCCCACCUAGUUGAUCCUUCCCGUCCUCGGAUCAUACACCAGACCAGUAAACAGUCGCCUGCUAUAGCCCAAGUCUCUUCUCGAUACACGCCAUAUGGGCCCUCUCCGUUACGUGACUCUCAACGCGACCGUGUUCGAGUCGUACCUCGACGCCCACGAUCACCGACACGAACCAUGGUGCAACAUGCGUGGCACGUGAUAAACCAUUCCGACCCUUUGUUAGACUCAGACGAGGAAGCGCCAGACGACCACCAUCGUCAAGACUAUUCUCAACGACUCAGAGUCCUUACACGUCUCCGUGCAAAGGAGCCCACUCCUGAAGCUGAACUUCAGAUAUACAAUCCACAGCUUGCCGCUAAUCUCGUCUGA